AUGGCACGUACCAGAAGAGGUUCUAGAAGUUCUACCGGUGGUGGUAUGUUAGGCAGUAGAAGACCUAUGGGUGCUAGACAAAACUCCACUAUGGCUGCCCCUGCACCAACUCAGUCAGUGCCUAUUCAAACACAUAGACCACCUCCACCUCCACCUUCGACAGUUGCUGCCACUUCGGCUGCUCCUAGUCAACCUGGUCUGUUCAGUCAGAUGGCUUCUACUGCGGCCGGUGUGGCUGUAGGCAGUGCAGUUGGUCACACUAUUGGUGCAGGUAUCACUGGUCUAUUCUCCGGUGGUGGUAGUAGUGAUGCAGCACAGCAGGCAAACCAGUAUCAAGCCCAAUUACAACAACAACCAAUAGUCCAGGAAACUCAAAGAACCACAGCAGGUCCAUGUGAAAUCGAUGCUAGAAAUUUUACAAGGUGUCUUGAUGAACAUAAUGGUGAAUUGAGUCCCUGUGAUUACUAUUUACAACAAUUAAAAGCAUGUCAAGAGGCCGCUAGGCAAUACUAA